AUGUCUACCUACAACAACAACAACAACAACAACAACAUUAGCAGCAGCAAUGGCGAGGAUAACAACAUUAAAAACAUCGACAACAACAGUAAUAACAUUAACAACAACAACAACAACAAGAGUAAUGACGAAAACAAAAACAACAUCAACAUUAACGCAGAACCCACUAAAUUAAUCGAAAACAAGAUAGAUGGAACUACUACUACUACUACUACUACUACUACUACUACUACUACUACUACUACUACUACUACUGCUACUGCUACUACCACUACUGCUGCUACUCCCAAUAAUGAUAAUAAUGAUGGUGAUAAAAACGAUGACGUCACUGAUGAUGUCGGUGAUGAUGAUGAUGAUGGAGCUGCAUGUUGCGGUCUUGGUGGUGAUGAGAUAAAAGCUUUCCAUCGUUGUGUCUACUUGGGAAGUGUUGAGGAGUCUGAGAAGAUGCUGGUGAUGAUGAUAGAGAAGAGGAAGAAGAUGAAGAUUGUUGAUGUUGCCAAUUUGUCUGGCCUUAGAGCAAUCCACUUCGCUUCUAAAAGGGGAGAUAGUGAGAUGAUGGAGAUGCUGCUAAGGAGAGGGGCUUCUAUCAACGCUCGGUCACGUUGUGAUUGUGGUCACACUAUCCGCCUUAAUAAUUUGUUUGAUCUGUUUCUAAUGCGUAAUGUCAUAAAUGAGUCUACGCAUAAUUUAGGAGGCAUACUAGACCUCAUCGUGUCUGGUUAUCAAAUGUCGGUUAAUGAUAUCAAGAUAUAUCCGAGUGGGGUACACUCGGAUCAUAGUUUGAUAACGGCGUGUUUACCUAUAUCACGUCCGCUUUCUCGGAUAAAAAACAAUAUAUCUGUAGCUGGAGAGCCUACUAUAAAGUGUAGGUCUAAUGUUGACAUAAAAUUUUGUGAAUUUUCGCGGGUAUCGCAGUCUGAAAAGGGCAACACGGCCCUGCAUACAGCCUGCUUGUCUGGAAACGUUGAAAUUGUUAAAGUUCUUUUAAAGAAUGUGGUGCAACUAAACGACACGUGCGAGUGCAAUGAGGAUCACUUCACUGCAUUGUACAUGGCGUCACAAGGUGGCCAUCAGGAAAUUGUUACCUUGCUAUUGGCACACGGUGCCGAUCCAACUAUCAAAACAACGAAUGGCUUCCUGGCAGAGGACAUAGCGCUCCAGAUGGGUCACACGUCCAUUGCUGAGUUGCUGUCCGAGUUCACCAGGCAGAAGCAAAUGCAGCAGCUGAAGCAACUUGACAAACAACAACAACAACAGCCACAAGAACAACAAUCAUUACAACAACAAAAACAGCUACAACACAAUCUAUUUCAUCCUCAUCAAUUUCUACAUCUAACACACCAGCAACAACAGCCGCAUCAACGACAGCAGCAACGAAGAUCAAGAAAGUAUUCCUUACAAAUCUAUCCGCAAUCAUCCUUCAUUUACCAACAACAACAACAACAACAACAACAACAACAACAACAACAACAGCUACCUCACCAACCACAACAAAAAUUGUUACUUCAACCACAUCUCAAGCAGCAGCUACAACAACAACAAUCCAAGGGUCGUUUAAUUCGGGUGCGAAACAGCAAAAGUGCCGAAAAGUUGUUGUUGCGAGAUGGCGUGCUGGGUCUGAUAAGAAGGGCUCCUGCCAUCAGUAGGCGAGACCUCUUCCCUAGUCCAAUGAGAGGUAGUUAUUUCGAAAGUUCCGCCAACCAAUCAAAGACCGCGAAUGCAUCUAAACAUAGUCCCUCUGCUACCGGUGAUCACGAGGGGUCCACCUCGUAA